GCGGUCAUGCUGAGCUUUGUCACUUUCCCCUCCUCUCAUUCUCUUUGGUCAUUUUUGAAACGGACUACUAGCUCACAAAGUCGAUGGAGAAAGAAGUCAUUUUUUAUCACUUGCCCGGCGAAAACAAAGGGCAAACUGUCAAAAUAGAGUAGAAUCUGUGACAAAAAGUAGAAUCUGGAUAGAGAGAGAUAGAGAGCUCGAAACCUUGGAAACUUGUUCAGGGAGAACUUAUCCUCCAUCAUCUUGAGCUAAAAUCAGAAAUGAGUCUUGCUGUUUUUCUCUUCGGUCUUUUUAUUUUCAUGAUGAAUGGAACUGGGGUCAGUGCAAACUCUGAGUUAAGAGCUCUCAUGGACAUGAAAGCUGCCUUGGACCCAGAGGACAUGUACCUCUCUUCUUGGACUAUGAAUGGGGAUCCAUGUGAUGGUUCCUUUGAGGGUGUAGCCUGUAACGAUAAGGGUCAAGUGGCUAAUAUUUCCUUGCAAGGAAAGGCUCUCCAUGGAAAGCUAUCUCCUGCUAUUUCUGGGUUAAAGCACUUGACAGGCCUUUACUUGCAUUAUAACUCUCUAUAUGGGGAGUUGCCCAAGGAAAUAGCGAACUUGACAGUUCUAAGUGACCUGUAUUUGAAUAUGAAUAAUCUCUCCGGCGUAAUACCUCCGGAGAUCGGAAACAUGGAGAAUUUGCAAGUUCUGCAGCUUUGUUAUAACCAGUUCACCGGAAGCAUACCUCCCCAGCUCGGGUCUUUGAAGAAGCUUAAUGUUCUUGCUCUGCAAUCCAAUCAACUAUCUGGUGCAAUCCCAGCGAGUUUAGGUGAUUUGAGCGUGUUAAUGAGACUAGCCUUAAGCUUCAAUCGCUUAUUUGGCUCAAUUCCCACCAAACUAGCCGAUGCUCCUCUGCUUGAAGCUCUGGAUGUUCGGAACAACUCUCUCUCUGGCAAUGUACCUCUGGCUCUCAAGAGACUGAAUGAAGGGUUUUUGUAUCAAAACAACUUGGGAUUAUGUGGGGCUGGUUUUAUGAAUUUGACCGCUUGCAAUGUGUCGGAUCUUCUUAAUCGAAGCAGACCUGAACCCUUUGGACCAGGUUCCACUGCUUUGCCAACAAGGGAGAUUCCUGAAACAGCAAAUUUGCGGUUGCCUUGUAACCAAACGCACUGCUCAAAUUCAUCGAGAUCCCAUCAUGCUUCAGUUGUUGUUGGUGCAGUGAUCACAACUAUUGCUUUGUCUGCUAUAGGAAUCCUUACAUUUACUUACUAUCGUCACCGGAAACAGAAGCUUGGUAACUCAUUUGAAAUUUCUGAUAAUCGUCUAAGUACAGAUCAGGGCAAAGGUGUUUACAGGAAGAGUGGCUCUCCUCUAAUCAGUCUCGAGUAUAAUGGAUGGGACCCUUUAGCUGAUGGUAGGAAUUUCAGCAGACAUGAGCAAGAUGUUUUCCAGAGCUUCAGGUUUAACUUGGAUGAGGUGGAGACUGCCACACAGUACUUCUCAGAUGUAAAUUUUUUGAGUAAGAGUGACUUUUCUACAACAUACAAGGGUAUUUUGAGGGAUGGCUCUGUUGUUGCUAUCAAGAGCAUUAGUAAAAGUAUCUGCAAGUCGGAAGAAGCUGAAUUCGUGAAGGGAUUGAAUAUUUUGACAUUGCUGAGGCAUAAGAAUUUAGUGAGGCUUAGAGGAUUCUGUUGUUCAAGGGGCCGAGGGGAGUGCUUUCUUGUUUACGAUUUUGUUCCCAAUGGUAAUUUGCUGCAGUACCUUGAUGUGAAAGAUGGUGAUGCCCAUGUUCUCGAAUGGUCCACCAGAGUUUCUAUUGUGAAGGGGAUUGCCAAAGGUAUAGCCUAUUUGCAUGGAUACAAAGUGAACAAACCUGCUUUGAUUCACCAAAACAUUACAGCUGAAAGUGUGCUUGUAGACCAGCGAUGCAAUCCAUUGCUCGCAGACUCUGGCUUACAGAACCUUCUUACAAAUGAUGUGGUAUUCUCAGCACUCAAGGCCAGUGCAGCAAUGGGUUACCUAGCUCCUGAGUAUGCAACAACUGGCCGAUUCACAGACAAAAGUGAUGUUUAUGCAUUUGGCGUGAUUGUUUUCCAAGUUCUCACAGGAAAGCGAGAAGUUUCUAACUUAGUGCGUCUAGGAGCUGAGUCCUGCAAAUUUCAAGAUUACAUUGACCCCAAUCUUCAUGGGAGGUUCUUCGAAUAUGAAGCAGCUAAGCUUGCAAGGAUUGCUUGGCUUUGCACUCAUGAGUCUCCUAUUGAACGACCAUCAAUGGAAGCUGUUGUUCAAGAGCUGGGUAACUGUAGUAGCUGUCUCUAGUUUCCAUGAACAUUUUCUUGAAUGGUUAGGCAUCAAAUGUGUGAGAUGUGGAUGAAUGUGUCCACUAACUGAACCUUAGGAUUCCUUGCUGUUUGUAUCGUGGUGUCCUCUAACUAAGCUUUCUAAUAAACUUAUAACUUUCUAGUAAAACUAGUGCGGUGAAAACUUGAAAGGGAAUUUGUGACCUUGUUAGCUGUGGUGGGCUGAGGUCCCCAUUUGAUCCUGUACCGUAUUGGCAAUGAGGGACAACUUGACUUUGCUGCACGUGAAAUUCUAACAAAGUCGUGACUAUGUUGUAAGGAACAAAUCGAAUUUUCUUUCAUGAUAAUGUAAUAUGACGUUGUA